CAUGGGACUGAUCAUAUACCAUUUGUUUAAGUCGUAUUGCGUAAAAAUCUGCAGAUAAGAUCUUCCUUGGUUGGACCCUCCACGAUUAAACUGACUACUCAUACAGUCAUGCAUGUAAAAUGUUGACUUUCAGGAUUAUUCUUAUUGCUUCCACUUGCCACUGACUAAAAACUUCACUUGAAAAGUACCAAAAUCUACACUAAUUUCAAGACCCACGUAUUACAGCAAUUAAACAAAUCCGUCGAGCCCGGAGUUUUCGAACCCAGAUGCAGCAAGUUGGCACAGGUUGAUUCUAAGUCACCAUGCUUUUAUCUAGGGUAGAUGUGAUCUGUAGUGCAUUGCAGGUGCACCCAUGGAAACUUAGUUCAACCAAGGCUGCAGCGUACGCACCAGGGAAACCUCCCGGGGCAGUUUACCCGCCAGAGAAGGCUCCGAUUGCACAACCCCCUGCAAAGCUCGAUGGAUGUGUGGCGCCGUGUGAGGAGCUCUGCAAGAAGGCCCGGAAGAAGAGGCCGUGCAUGAAGGCGUGCACGACAUGCUGCAACAAUAGCAAGUGCGUGCCUCUAGGUUCUUCGAAGUGCCCCGGCUGGGACUUUGUUUACAUCCACGGAGUGCGUACUGCUUGCCCUUGAGAUCUGCAAAAAUGUGAUUAGCCAUUGCUUCAUGUUGUUCGAAUGUGGUUGUGUUUACUUCAUAUAUUGUUUGUACUGGUAUUUUGGGUUGCUUUGAUCAUGUAAUAAGACCCAUAUGGGAGGAUGAACAAUAAUAAAGUGCAAAGUUUCAUUUGUCAA